AAACAGCCAGACCUGAACCCUGUUGCCUAGCAACCUCGCCUAGUCGUCCAGUAGCCCUGGGUGGUCUGGUGCAAUAGGUUGGGGGUCCUGAGGGGAUGAAGAGACCCUAGGAGAUGCACUCCCCACCCCCAUGGAUGUGGCUGUACCCAGAGGCUGGCAGUGCCCAGGGGUGGGGUGACAGCUGUUUCUCCCAGUACCUGAAGGACUCUUGUCUGAGAGAGGCAUGAAUUCCUAGCAUUCCCUGUGACGGGACAAGACGGGGGAGAUGGGGGCAGGGGAGAGGGUACAAGCCCCACCUAGGGUGGUGGCCACAGCAGCAAGGGGCAGACAGAGCCAGGAGCCUGGGAAGGAAGCAGGAUGGCAGCAGGGGCAGCAGCUGGAGCCUGGGUGCUGGUCCUCAGUCUGUGGGGUGAGCCCUGCCCCCCCACCCCCACACCAAUCCUCCCCGCAGAAAGCACUCUGCCCCUGUCCCCGAAACUCCCCACAACUUUCCAGGAACCUGGGUACUGCUUUUCAAUCUCCUUCAUCCGCCCUGUUAUAGUUUUAUUAGCUCCCAUCUCCCUUCCUGCCCUUCCAUUGUGGUGCUGUCUCCCAGGGGCAGUAGUAGGGGAUCAAAACAUCACAGCCAGGAUCGGGAAGCCACUGGUGCUGAACUGUAAGGGGGCCCCCAAGAAACCACCCCAGCAGCUGGAAUGGAAACUGAACACAGGCCGGACAGAAGCUUGGAAGGUCCUAUCUCCCCAGGGAGGCCCCUGGGAUAGCGUGGCUCGUGUCCUCCCCAACGGCUCCCUCCUCCUGCCGGCUGUUGGGAUCCAGGAUGAGGGGAGUUUCCGGUGCCGGGCAAUGAGCCGGAAUGGAAAGGAGACCAAGUCCAACUACCGAGUCCGAGUCUAUCAGAUUCCUGGGAAGCCAGAAAUUGUUGAUCCUGCCUCUGAACUCAUGGCUGGUGUCCCCGAUAAGGUGGGAACAUGUGUGUCCAAGGGGGGCUACCCUGAAGGGACUCUUAGCUGGCACUUGGAUGGGAAAACCCUGAUACCUGAUGGCAAAGGAGUGUCUGUGAAGGAAGAGACCAAGAGACACCCUGAGACAGGGCUUUUCACACUCCGUUCGGAGCUGAUGGUGACCCCAGCCCGGGGAGGAGCUCCCCACCCCACCUUCUCCUGUAGCUUCAGCCCUGGCCUUCCCCGGCGCCGAGCCCUGCACACGGCCCCCAUCCAGCUCAGGGUCUGGGGUGAGCACAGAACUGGGGAGGGCCCCAACUUGGGUGAGCACCUGUCGGAAGAGCCUGUGCCACUGGAGGAAGUCCUGUUGGUGGUGGAGCCAGAAGGUGGAGCAGUGGCUCCUGGUGGUACCGUGACCUUGACCUGUGAAGCCCCUGCCCAGCCCCCUCCUCAAAUCCACUGGAUCAAGGAUGGCAUGCCCCUGCCCCUUCCCACCAGCUCCGUGCUGCUCCUCCCUGAGGUAGGGCCUGAGGACCAGGGAACCUACAGUUGUGUAGCCACCCAUCCCAGCCACGGGCCCCAGGAGAGCCAUGCUGUCAGCGUCAGCAUCAUCGAAACAGGCGAGGAGGGGCCAACCGCAGGCUCUGUGGAAGGGCCGGAGCUGGGAACUCUAGCCCUGGCCCUGGGGAUCCUGGGAGGCCUGGGGACAGCCGCCCUGCUCAUUGGGGUCAUCAUGUGGCAAAGGCGGCAACGCAGAGGAGAGGAGAGGAAGGUCCCAGAAAACCAGGAGGAGGAAGAGGAGGAGCGCACGGAGCUGAAUCAGCCCGAGGGGCCUGAGGCAGCAGAAAGCAGUGCAGGAGGGCCUUGAGAAGCCCACAGCCAGACCCCAUCCAUCAGCUCCCUUUUUUUUUCCCACCCUCUUUUCUGGCCCCAGACCAGUUCUCCCCUGUAUAAUCUCUACCCCACCUCCCCAAACUUUCUUCCACAACCAGAGCCUCUCACAAACAGUGAUGAGUAAACACCUGACACAUUU